AUGCCUCCUUACCACUCUUCCCACGGCUUCGGAACAAGCCCCCAGCCAGACCCUACGCCUACGGGGGCAGAGCAGCUGGCAGUGCGACAAACACCACCCCUUUUUCAGACCCCUUUGAACCAGCCGACCCCGGAGGAUGAAUUGAGCAAGAAGGCAUCCAGACCCAAAAUCCCGAACAAAAGCGAACAAGUCGAAGAAAUCUAUCGAUUAAAGCAGCUACUGAACGAGCUCCAGAGCGACCACGACCAUGUUCGAGAUGCCUUCGAGCGGAUGGCUCUAGAUAUGGACGAAGCUGAACAGAAAUUGGCGGCGCAGACGAAGGAGCUCGAAGACAAGGAAGCCGAGUUGGUAACGCUGCGACGCGUUGUGGUGUCGCUCACGGCACAGCUCGAUCAAGAGAAGCGGAAUCAGGCCAGCGACGGGCAGGAGAAAUCGACAAGAAGCCAGUUGCCACAACGAGUCGGAUCUCUUCUCGCAGCAGUAGGGCAGGGGGUCGUUGGAGAACACGGAGGUGUCUCUCACUUGAACGCUGAGGUGGUCCAGCUCACCAACGUUAUCGCCGCCAAGGAUGAGGAACUGAAGGGUAGAGAAGCCAGGGCAUUAGAGGUAGAGCGGUGUCUGACAAGCCAGCUUCAAGCUCAAAGCGUCCAACUUGAGGAGCAAACCAAGCUGCGCGAGAGGGCAGAGGCUGCCGCCGCCCUAGCAGUUCAACAGCAGCAGACUGCGAACGAGUUGGAGAUGGACGAGCUUCGCCGGCUCUGCAAGUUCUACCAGGAGAACAGCCAACGCCUCUCGAAACAGAUCAAGUUGGUGAAGACGGAAGGGGCGAGAGACUGA